GUGAUGAUCGACAUCAGAUAGCUUUGACGAGCGAUAGAGCUGAUAUGGCAUUGUAUAUUGGAAUUAUAUCCAUAUUCCUAUGUGUAGUUAUUUCAUUGGCUACAGCAGGAUCUCCAGGCGAUGUGUUACAGUUGGACUACCCGAAUGUGGCAGUAGCUGCCCAGGACAAUGGAACACUGUUGGGACAGUCAGGACAGAAUGGUGAUAUCUACAUCCAGCCGACUAGGAACGGUUCAGGGACCAUACUAUUUGAUGGCUACGAUCUACUGGAGAUUAUUGACAUUAUCAACAGUAUGCCGCCGAUCUGGCGUUUACAUGGACAUGUCGGCUACUCUGGGACAUUUGAGGGUGGAUCUGACAUAGAAAUUCCCCUGGAAGUGCUGGAUCCCGAAAAUCAGGAUGUCAGAUUUGAACUUGUUGCUGGAGAUUUUCCCGUUGGAGUAAAUAUCGUCAAACAUCCAUGGAGAAUCCUAGGCGUUGCUCUGGAUGAAGACGCUAUUUACACGUUCACCAUCCGUGCAACUGAUGCAAGCGAUAAGUACGCUGAUGCAGUUUUCAAAAUAGAGACAAUAGAGAUCGAUCAGUGUGUCAGAGAGAUGUGUCACAACAAUGGUCAGUGUAACAACACCAACACUCAGCGAGGAUAUACCUGUACCUGUCCGAUCGAGUAUGGGGGACCGACAUGUGACGUCACUUGUAAAACGACUGCCCUUGGAGUAGCCAAGCCCUCAGUGAUCCCUGAUGCUCAGCUGUCAGCCUACUUAUCUCGAUAUGUAUCAAAAGCAUCAGACGGACGUCUGUUAGAAAAUGGAAAUCAUUGGUGUGGUGAAAACGCCAACUCCUGGUUACAAGUGGACCUAGGCAGUACAGCAAGGCUAUUCAGAUUAGAGACAGCUGGGGCCAAUUCCACCUUCUUCGCCAAAACGUAUACAGUGUCGCACAGUUCUGACGGAAUCACCUUUAACUUCAUAAACGAUGUGAAUACUACCAUUGUGCAUACGUUUAUGGGAUCAAUUAGUGCAGAGUACCAGACUUUGCCUGAACCACUAGAAGCACGCUUUGUCCGGAUCCAUCCAAAGACAUACGAAAGUCAUUACCACCCUUGCUUUCAGGUGGAGAUGUAUGGCUGUUGGCUCUAACUGUCUCCUCACUGAUUAAAAAAACGGCUACUGGGUCUAACGAUCACAAGAUUUGAGAAUGUCAAUAUCGCAGAUAUGAAAAUUGUUAUAUCGACUUUGUAUGACUUAUCAUUUAUUAAA